CAGCCAGUGCAGCAGCCAUCCACCUCGAUCAGGAGCCACACCACUCACUCCACCUGAGUGCUCGAAUCCUAUCGAGCCGAGAGAGCGAAGCAGUUGUCCUCGUCGUGCUCUCCUUGGCAACAGAAAGAUAAUGGCGGCCGCGGCAGGCGAGGAGAGGAGGAAGACGGCGUGCGUGACCGGGGGGAACGGGUACAUCGCGUCGCUGCUCAUCAAGAUGCUGCUGGAGAAGGGAUACGUCGUGAAGACGACGGUCAGGCACCCCGAGGACAAGGAGGCCAACUCCCACCUCGAGGACCUGAAGAAGCUCGGCACCCUGGAGGUGUUCCGCGCCGACCUGGCCGAGGAAGGCAGCUACGACGCGGCCGUCGCCGGCUGCGACUACGCCUUCCUCCUCGCCGCCCCGGUGAACUACACGUCCAAGAAUCCCGAGAAAGAGCUGAUCGAGCUCGGUGUCCAAGGCACGCUCAACGUCCUGCGGUCCUGCGUGAAGGCCGGCACGGUGAAGCGCGUGGUCCUGACCUCCUCGACGGCGGCGGUCUCCAGCAGGCCGCUGGAAGGCGACGGGCACGUGCUGGACGAGGAAUCCUUCUCCGACGUCGAGUACCUCUCGGCCAAACGGACUGGCCUCUGGGCGUACCCGGUGUCCAAGGUGCUCAUGGAGAAGGCGUCGUCGAGGUUCGCGGCGGAGCACGGCAUGAGCCUGGUGACCCUGUGCCCGUCCGUCACCGUCGGCGAGGCGCUCGACCGGCAGGUGUACACCACCGUCCCCGCCAUCCUGUCCCUGCUGUCCGGCGACGAGGCGGAGCUCAAGGUGCUCAAGGGCAUCGAGAGGGCCUCCGGGUCGGUGCCGCUGGUGCACGUGCGCGAUGUCUGCCGCGCCGAGAUCUGCGCCGCCGAGGCGGAGGCCGUCGCCGGGAGGUACAUCUGCAACGGCCUCGACACCACCAUCCUCGAGACCGCCCGCUUCCUGGCCGCCAAGUACCCGCACUACAGCGUCAACACGGUCACACGGACAUCUCCGGCGACGUCCUCGCGAAGCCGGUCGCGCUGCUGCCGUCGAGGAAGCUGGAGAAGGAGGGGUUCGAGUUCAAGUUCAGGACGCUGGAGCACAUCUACGACGACAUGGUGGAGUACGGCAAGGCCCUGGGAAUCCUGCCCAACUGAUGAGAGUGUUCGGUGUGGUGCGCCGUCCGUGUGUGCUUGGGUCGGUCGGCGAUCUAUCAAUUAUCAUCAGUACCCGCAAAAUAAGUCCGUGUGCGUGUUUUUUGUCACCCCCCCCCCCCCCCCCCCCCCCCCGAGGAAGUUUGAGCGUAGCUCGUGUGUUCCCUUGCUUCAAGAUGUGAGAUUAAGAACUUCCUCUCUUCUUAAAAGCUGCUGCUGUGCCUUGCACGCUUUGCUCCCUCGAAUAUCAAAAAAAGAAAAAGAAAAAAAGUGCGCCCAUGACAAAGAUUGGCAUUUAGGGUCUCUGCAAUUUCACCACCACAUGGCAACCACCUCACUCCCGAUCACUGCCGACAUGCCGUCCACCGGCGGCGUGAGGACGGCGUGCGUGACCGGAGGGAACGGGUACAUCGCCUCAGCGCUCGUGAAGAUGCUGCUGCAGAGGGGAUACGCUGUCAAGACGACCGUCAGGAACCCCGACGACAGGGAGAAGAACUCCCACCUCAUGGAUCUGCAGGCGCUCGGCCCCCUGCAGAUCCUCCGCGCCGACUUGGACGACGAGGGCAGCUUCGACGCCGCCGUCGCCGGCUGCGACUACGCCUUCCUCGUCGCCGCUCCGGUGAACCUCACGUCGGAGGAUCCCGAGAGAGACCAGAUCGAGCCGUCCGUGCGCGGGACCCUUAACGUGCUGAGGUCGUGCGCCAAGGCGGGGACGGUGCGGCGCGUGGUCCUGACCUCGGCGUCCUCCUCGGUGUGCAUCCGGCCGCUGGAGGGCGACGGCCACGAGCUGGACGAGGAGUCCUGGUCCGACCUGGAGUGGGUCGCCGCCGAGAAGCCACCAAGCUGGGGGUACGUCGUCUCCAAGGUGCUCUCGGAGAAGGAGGCGCUCCGGUUCGCGGAGGAGCACGGCCUGAGCCUGGCCAUCGUGUGCCCCGUCCUCACCGUGGGCGCGUCGCCGGUGCCCAAGGUGUACACCAGCGUCCCCGCCAGCCUCUCCAUGUUAUCCGGCGACGAGGCGGCGCUGGCCAUGCUGAAAGGCAUCGAGAAGUCCUUUGGAGGGGUGCCCGUCGUGGACCUGGACGACCUCUGCCGCGCCGAGGUGUUCCUGGCCGAGGCGGAGGCGGCGUCCGGGAGGUACAUCUGCAGCAGCUUCGUCACCACCGUCGUCGAGAUGGCGCGGUUCCUGGCGGACAAGUACCCGCACUACACCGUGAACAUAGGCCAGGACUCCGGCGGCGAGCUCCUGGAGAAGCCGAGAGUGAGGCUGUCGUCGGCGAGGCUAGUGAAGCAGGGGUUCGAGUUCAGGUACAAGACGCUGGACGAGGUGUACCAGGGCGUGGUGGAGUACGGCAAGGCACUGGGGAUCCUUCCCUACUGACGAUGUUCCUAGCCUUUUCUUUUCUUUCUAUGCUUGCUAUUGUUUUUUAACGUGAUAUUCUUGCUAUUCGUGGGGAACAGAUAAAGCAGAUAGAUGCCGUAUGCCUUGGGAGUUUUGUCAGUGCAGUGGCUGCAAUGUUUGGCA